AUGCUGCUUCUGCCACUUCUAUUGCUAGCAGUUGUCGUCCCAGGUGGUGACAAUGAGGAUGCCUUCCAGGGGCCAACCUCUUACCAUGUUAUCCAGAUUUCAACCUUUGCCAACAGCACCUGGGCACAAAAUCAAGGCUCAGGCUGGCUGGAUGAUUUUCAGAUUCAUGGCUGGGACAGUGACUCGGACACUGCCAUUUUCCUGAAGCCCUGGUCCAAGGGCAACUUCAGUGAUGCGGAGGUGAUUGAGCUGGUGGACCUAUUCCGAGCCUACUUCAUCGGCUUCACUCAGGAAGUGCAGGACUAUGCCAGUAAAUUCCAGAUUGAAUACCCCUUUGUGAUCCAGGGUAUAGCAGGUUGUGAGCUGCAUUCUGGGAAGUCCAUAAGAAGCUUUUUGAGGGGAGCUUUAGGAGGACUGGAUUUCGUGAGCCUUAAGAAUCAUUCAUGUGCACCUGCCCCAGAGGGUGGUAGCAGGGCACAGCAGUUCUGUGCACUCAUCACUCAGUACCAAGGCAUCUUGGGUAUCAUAGAGACGCUCCUCUCAGAAACCUGCCCUCGGUAUCUCCUUGGUGUCCUCGAUGCAGGGAAGACUGAACUACAGAGGCAAGUGAAGCCUGAGGCCUGGCUGUCCAGUGGCCCCAGUCCUGGACCUGGCCAUCUGCUGCUGGUGUGCCAUGUCUCAGGAUUCUACCCAAAAUCCGUGUGGGUGAUGUGGAUGAGGGGCGAGCAGGAGCAGUCUGGCACUCAGCAAGGAGAUGUCUUGCCCGAUGUUGACUGGACUUGGUAUCUCCAAGUAACCCUGAAUGUGACAGCUGGGGAGGAGACCGGCCUGAGUUGCCGAGUGAAGCACAGCAGUCUAGGAGACCAGGACAUCAUCGUCUAUUGGGGUCACCGCACCUCCAUCAGCUUGAUAUUUUUGGCAAUAUUAGUGCCCUCCUUGGUCCUUUUGAUAUGUCUUGCAUUAUGGUUUUUGAGGCGCUGGUGA